AUGACAAAGAAGAAUUUAUCGCUGUUGAAACGAAGCUCGAAUCGGUCAGCGAAUAAACCAUCCAUGGUAACGGGUGGUCGGGCAGAGGACAGCACACUGAACACGGCCAAUAAUCAUAGUAACAAUGGUCGUAAUAAUGAUGAGCAAAAGGAGGCGUUUCUGAACGAUCCAGAAGUGAAAGAACACCAACAGGCGGAUAGAUACGCGAAACUUUAUGUGCCGUCCGGUGAUAUGGACAUGGAAUGGCAACCGGCAUCGAGUUCAGUCUUUAAGAUCCUCUUCUCAUUGCGUAUAUCGGCAGCAAUGUGGAGUGCGAUAUCGGACUGCGAUGAAGUGUAUAACUAUUGGGAACCACUGCAUCUAUUUCUGUACGGGUCUGGCUUUCAAACUUGGGAAUACUCUCCAGUCUAUGCAAUACGGUUCGUUUCAGUUGAGAUAUUUUUAAGAGUUUUAAAAUCAAGUCUCAAAAAUACUUCUCUUUAG